UAUAAAUCAGCCUGACAGCCGAAAUCCCUGGUCGGAGAAUGAAACAACAUCAAACACAAUUUGAUCAUUCAAGAAACUGUAACUACCAGUCCGAUAUCAUAGAUUUACAUUUUUGUUGGUGUCCAGGUGUAUUAUAGUGAUAAAAAUGGCCACGUCUGCCAGUGCUCAGUUGAGUAAAGUGGUAAAACGGCAGUAUAUGGAACUGCCUCAGGGAGACCAAGUACAAGCUAUGUAUAUCUGGAUAGAUGGAACCGGAGAAGGACUGCGGUGCAAGACCAGAACGCUGGACUUUGAGCCCAAAAGCAUUGAAGAUCUUCCCGAGUGGAACUUUGAUGGUUCCAGCACCUAUCAGUCUGAAGGCUCCAACAGCGACAUGUAUCUCAUCCCAUCUGCCAUGUUCAGGGAUCCUUUCCGCAAAGACCCCAACAAACUGGUCUUGUGUGAGGUGUUCAAAUACAACCGGAAGCCUGCUGAAACCAACCAUCGGCAUACAUGUAAAAAGGUAAUGGAAAUGGUAGACCAUCAGAACCCUUGGUUUGGCAUGGAGCAGGAGUACACUAUCCUAGGCACCGAUGGACAUCCAUUUGGCUGGCCCUCCAAUGGCUUCCCUGGUCCCCAAGGACCCUAUUACUGUGGAGUUGGAGCAGACAAGGCCUACGGCAGAGACGUUGUGGAGGCCCACUAUAGGGCCUGCCUGUAUGCUGGUGUGAAGAUCUGUGGAACCAACGCUGAAGUCAUGCCAGCUCAGUGGGAGUUUCAGGUUGGUCCAUGUGAAGGCAUUAACAUGGGGGAUCACUUGUGGGUAGCUCGUUUCAUCUUGCACAGAGUCUGUGAAGACUUUGGUGUGGUAGCCUCUUUUGACCCCAAGCCAAUCCCAGGAAACUGGAAUGGUGCUGGUUGCCACACUAACUUUAGCACCAAGGAAAUGCGGGAAGAGGGAGGGCUGAAAUGCAUUGAGGAUAGUAUUGACAAGCUCGGAAAGAGGCACAACUACCACAUCCGUGCCUAUGAUCCAAAGGGAGGCCUGGACAAUGCUCGCAGACUGACUGGCCACCAUGAAACCUCCAACAUCCAUGAGUUUUCCGCAGGUGUGGCCAACCGUGGCGCUAGUAUCCGCAUCCCAAGAACAGUCGGACAAGAAAAGAAAGGCUAUUUUGAGGAUCGCCGCCCAUCUGCCAACUGCGACCCCUAUGCGGUCACCGAGGCCCUGAUUCGCACAUGUUUGCUUGAUGAAGAGGGUGACGAACCUGUGGACUACUAGAUUACAUUUCUCUUCUCCUGGACUGAACAUCUCUCUCUUUCCGCUCUAUUCCCCGCUCCCCCUUUUUUAUUUUUAUUUUCUGCCUUAGUUUUAAAUGACCAUGAGGCCAAUUUAGUACUGUAUUUUCUUUAUUUUCUAUCAGGGUGGUUCUAACCUGGCAUUUUAAUAGCUCUAAAGUUGACUGGUCAACUUAACAUUUUAAGAUUAAAUCUGAAGUUAACCUUCUUACUGGGUACACGGUUGUUGCAGGGCAUGUCUGACCUCUUCCUCUGUUAUUCUCCUUUUAAUUUUCUGGAGAGUGGAUGGUAGCAUUAAAACCUCUCUAAAUAAUCUCAUGGCCAUACCUUUUUGUGGGUAUUUAAGAUGGACUGAAACAUUCGUCAAGUGCACACUCAGAACCUAGGGCUGCAAAGGCUUGACAACACGUGUAAUUUCUUUAAAACAAUCGCUAGUUGUUGCAUAUGUUGACUUGAUUAUUCAAAUAUGGGAUGUUUCAAUGUUACUUACUAAAAAGAGAACUGUAUUAAAUGGCAUAUGUUGUAUCCAUUUUGAUUGUUCACUUUUCAUGUUGUGUAGUACACUUCACAGUUGAGGUUCAAUAGCUGUCCUGUAUAAUUGUGGAUCUGUUAUUGUCAUGUUAAAAAUCCUCGACUCAAGGAUUUUGGUCCCGUUCGUCUACUACUAUGACAUAAUUGCACCUGUUUUAGUAAAAACCUGAAGUUGCCAAAAUGUUUUGACUUAAACCUUUAUUUUUACCACAUUCAAUUUCAUUGUGUUCCUUUAACUGUGCAGUGGUGUUCUUUUGGUUGUGUACUUGAGAUGUAUGGUAUUCUAGACAAACCAACAAUAGUUGCAAAAAAGAUCCAACUUUAACAUGUUUGGGAUCACAGGGCAACAAUGAGAUCACAAUUUGCUUCUCGCAGCUCAGCCAUACUUCAGUAGGGUCUUUGCCAUUAAUUGCAUUACGCAACUCUGCGUAAAAAAACUGACAUUUAUCAGGCAAUGUAAUAACAUUAAUUGCCAUAAAUUUUAACACGCCAUCCUUACCAGUUCUUCUCUAGAAUAUGUUCAAACUUCGGUUAAAUGUACUUGCUCUUCUACUUUGGGAUACCCUCUCUGAGUAGUUUUUGCACACGGUAACAUCUUUUGUUUAUUACAGGUACUGAGAGAAUUUUUUUGUCUUUUGUAGUUAUGGAUCUAGAAACACAUAUCAUUUAAAUGUAAUGUAAAUUUAAACAUAGAUUCUUAUUUUUAAGUAUAUGAAUAUCAGUGUACAUGGUCACACCAAAAAGCUUAAAACAGGUCCAUUGUUUCUAAAUGGUUCGGUUCAUCCACAUUUUGCAUUUCGGUCAAAUGAGAGAAAAAGUUUUCUGAAAUAAAAUACUUAACAUUUACGCAUUUGGCAGACGCUCUUAUCCAAAGUGACUUACAGUGCCCUUAUUACAGGGACAAUCCCCCUGGAGCAACCUGGAGUUAAGUGCCUUGCUCAAGGACACAAUGGUGGUGGCUGUGGGGAUCGAACCAGCAACCUUCUGGUUACCAGUUAUGUGCUUUAGACCACUAUGCCACCACCACUCCCAGAGUUAGAAGAUCAACUUUUGCAACAUCAUCGAUAUCCCUAUAGAUUUAUUUUAUCUCGUGCAGUGAGCAGCACAUAAACACAAAGCUAGCCAACACGGAGUGGUUCAUGUUAUUUGUUGGCUCUAAAGCAGUAACAAAGGAUUGGAACAUCUAAGUUUCCAGGGAUAAAAAUAUUUACUUAAUGUACUUGCCUGUGCGGUGGGGGCUGGGUGAACAAGUUUGUUUGUGAAACCUUUCACCUACAUUCCCAUGCCUGAAAGACAGAAAAAGUUAUGUCUUGUGGUUGGCUCCCCAAAACAACAGUCAACCAAUCGCAAAUUAGAAUUGUGCUGUCGCUAUCCAGCCAUUUGGAAAAGAAGUCUCUGCACAGUGAUGCGAUCUGCCAGAAAAAACAAGUUAACAAUAAGCUUAAAAUAAGUAAACAAAGGCCAUAUACAGUGAAGUGUUUUUGAAUGCUUUCUCAAAAGAAAGUGUCAAAAGGUAAAAUUUUAUUUACUUUCUCUAUAUAUUAGCCUGAUUAGGAAUAAAAUUUGUUUUUAAUUUUAAUAGAUUGAAGGGUUGAUGUUCUUUCAUUGGCUAUUUCCAUUUGAGUUGUGC